AUGAAUCCAACGACAAAUCUCCUUGUGACCCGAUCUACAGCCUUCCGAGGCGUCCCCACGACACUACGGCCAUUUCUCGCUUCGCGAUACUAUGCGACCCAGCAAGGUUUAGGAGCUACGCCGCAGGGACCUAGACGACGAGCAGUGACGCCUUUCAACGAUAACGGACAUGUACCAUGGAAGCAGCUUUCAGUGGCGGAAAAGGCUGCGCGAGCGACGCAACAGAGCUUCAACUUUGGCAUGAUCCUCGUUGGUCUUGUGCUCACUGGUGGUGUGGGAUACUUUCUCUGGACCGACGUCUUCUCUCCCGAUAGCAAGAUUUCCAACUUCAACCGAGCAGUCGACAAGAUCAGAAGCGAUCCUCGUAUCAUCGAUGCCAUGGGCGACUCCAAGAAGAUUGCAGCGCAUGGAGACGAGACAUUCAAUAAAUGGAGGAGGGCACGUCCUGUUGCUUCCUCAGAAACAACGGACGCGCGCGGAGACCAACAUAUAAUGAUGCAUUUUUAUGUUGAGGGACCCAAGAACAACGGUAUUGCUCGACUUCACAUGGUCAAGUACCGCGGGCACAGCGACUUCGAAUACAAGUAUCUCUUUGUCGACGUCAAGGGUCAUGAGAGGAUCUAUCUUGAACACGAAGACUCAUCAUCCAAGAGCGGCAAGAAAUUUAGUCUAUUCGGAGUGAAAUGGUAA